GACCAGCUCAGCUCUUUCUUUCUGUCCAGCACAGCCGUCCGAACACCAUCAUGGCAGGCCUCAAUGCCUCGCUAGGCUACUUUUUAGCGAUAAUUGGCGUGAGCGUGGUCGGGCGGGUGCUUUUUGCGCGCUGGCGGCCGCGCUGGACAUUCCUGACGGAAUUUGUUGCCGCUUUCGCGCUUGCCGCCUGCAGACUAGAGGUGGACACCAUCGCGGAGGUCGGCCAGUUUGCCGGCGCGCUUGGGCCUGACGUCGCCAUCACUAUGCUCUUCAUAUCCAUCACCGUCCAUGCCAUUAUCAUGCAGGGCGUGAGCGGAAACCCAUCGGUGACACUCAUGGGACUCCUGUUGAAAGACACGGGGGUCGUGUCGGCUAUCCUCGCUGUUUCGGCGCAGAUACUUGGUGCGUACGUGGCACUCCUGGUCGCCGGUAUGUACUGGCAGAUGGAACUGACCGACAUGCACAUGAUCAAGAACCUGAUGAUGUUCGAGUGCAGCACGUCACUGCGGGUCUCAACGUUGCAGGGGGUCAUCUCCGAAGCCCUCGGAGCUCUGAUCUUUCACCUGAUUUACCUCGUCCUGAAAAACAGGUCGCAACUGCUCAAGAUUCCCAUAUUCGCCGUGCUGCUGACGUUCAUCGCCUAUGCAGGAAAUAACUACACAUCUGGAUACGUGAAUCCAUCCCUGGCUUUUGCCAUGACAUUCACCUGUACGGGACCCACUUUCCUAGCGUAUUCUCUCGUCUACUGGCUCGGGCCUGUGAUUGGCAUGACUCUUGCGCUUUUCCUGUAUUUGGGAAACAUCCCACUGCUGUUCAGCAGGAAUCUGCUUUACUCCAAGAAGCCACGUUUCCGGGUUCCCAAAGGGAAAACUGCUGAAGACAAGAGCAGCUGAAGAGACUGAAAGACAUAAAACACACAACACUGAUGUGCUCAGUUCAUUAAUCGUGUUUUAUAGUUGCAAGACACUAAAUCUCAUAGUACAUCUCUGUUCAUCUGGUUUGAGGUUUGCAGCCAGUUUCAACAAACCCCUCGUCUUACGACAACAAACAUUUUAUUUAAUAUAUAGCAAAAAUCAAAUUACAUUUUUAAGAUGGGGGAAAGGAAAAAUCAUACAAAAGUACAAGUAAGAAAAUGAUGAUACGUUGUCUGUAAAUGCCAGUUUGAUAAAAUAUUCCAAGUAUGCCACAAUGAAAAUAAAAUUAUUUGUACAUA